GCAUUACCCGAUUCGGAGUACACCGGGUGACCGAUCGUGACGGCAGCCUUUAAGAAUAAGCAACCGUCGAAUAUACAACUGAACAUCGGGAAAGCACUUCUAUAUAGUUGCAACAAAGUGGCGAACCCUGGGCAGGACCUGUUACCAGGGCAACACCUUGGGGUGCGUAACCAAGGCAACACACAGUAACCACGGUAACCAACGCGUCGAGAUGCAUUUCGACGAGGUGCUGGAGCACCUCGGUGAGAUGGGGCGCUAUCAGUGGCGCAUGCUGUUCUUUGUGGGACUUCCCAUUCUGUUUGUGGGGAUGGAGACGAUGGCGCCAGUCUUUCUAGCCGCGGUUCCGCACCACAGGUGCUUCGUGCCGGGAUGCGACGACCCCAUCGACCCCACCUACAGCGCCCCCUGGCUGAACGGGACGAUACCCUGGGAGAUGCGCGAUGGGGCGUGGCAGCGCAGCCAGUGUGACUACUACGCAGUGCCGUCCGACGUUGUGCGAAACUGCUCGGUCGCCCGUCGCCGCGGCGACGCCGACGACAAGCCCCGGGUGGCGACCUGCGACAGAUGGGUGUACGACACGUCCAUCUAUGCGGCUACCGUGACGACGGAGUUUGACGUCGUGUGUGGCAGGGAGUGGCUGAUGGCUCUCUCGCAGGCGAUGUUUAUGGCAGGAAUCCUCGUCGGAAACGCCGUCUUUGGGUCGCUGUCUGACAAGUACGGCAGAAAGCCGCUGCUGUUCGUGGCGUUGGUCCUGAUGGUGGCGUCGGGCGUGGGUUCCCCGUUCACGACGAACAUCUACGCUUACACGGCCGUGAGGUUCCUCGUCGGAAUGGGGUGUUCGAUGUUCGCGGUCGCCUUCAUCCUCGGUGUGGAGAUGUGCGGGCCGUCUAAACGUCUUCUCGCGGGAAUGCUGGGCAUGUACUGGUUCGCUCUCAGCUACCUCACCCUCGCCGGCGUCGCUUACUUCUUCCGGGAUUGGAAGCAACUGAGCCUCAUCAUCUCCUGCCCGGCGGCCAUCUUCUUCGGAUUUUGGUGGUUGAUUCCGGAGUCAGUGCGGUGGCUGAUCUCGCAGGGGAGGAUGGAGGAAGCUGAGGCAAUCGUGAGGAAGGUUGCCGUGGUUAACCGGGUGCGGCUUCCUGAUUCGCUGUUCGACAGUCUCGAGGAAGAGACGGAGCGGGACCACAUGAAACACAAGGACACCAUCCUUGACCUCUUCAGGUCGCGAGUGAUCUUGCUAAGGACCAUUGCACUGGGAUAUGUCUGGUUCGUCAACAGCCUGGUCUACUAUGGUUUGUCGCUGAACACGAACGGCCUCGGUGGCGACCCCUACGUCGACUUCAUCCUCAUCGGCGCGGUGGAGAUUCCGUCGUACACGUUCUGUCUGCUGACGCUGGAUAGACUCGGCAGACGCCCCGUGCUCUGCCUCAUCAUGCUGCUAGGGGGCGCCGCCUGCAUACUGGUCGGAUUUAUACCCGAAGACCUGCACUGGCUGACGGUCACACUGGCGAUGGUCGGUAAGUUUGGCAUCAGCGGAUCGUUCGCCAGCAUCUUCAUCUACACGGGAGAGCUGCUACCGACGCCGCUACGCAGCACAGGAACGGGCAUCGCCUCCAUGAUGGCUCGCGUCGGUGGCAUAGUGUCUCCCUUCGCAGUCAUGCUGGUGAGUGCCGGACUCUCUCUCUCU